UUUUACGGACACAAGAGGAACUGCUCAGAGCUAAAAAGCUCAGCACCUGCAAAUUAAUCAGAGAGAGAAAGAGAUAGAGAGAGAGAGAGAGAGGAGGCAAAGGGAUGGAUUGGGAGACUUAAAUUGAGGCAGCUGCUCGGUGCAGAGAGAACAUGGCGGCGUUGCAGAGAUAGAGAGAGAGAGACACAGAGAUACUAGCUGUUGAUUUCCGCGGCGUUCUUUAAAUGCUUCCUAAAUUCACUCUGUAGAGGAAGAAGAAGAAGAUGGAAAGAGACUGAAUUCAAGGCAGCGAUUAACAACUGCCAAACGCAGACCGACGCCUGUCUCUAUACCCCAAGUCUCUAGGGCUGCCUGCCUGUAAUUAACCCCUCCCCCAACUACCCCGCAAUUACCAGAACCACCACUACACAAACUCACACAAGCACACUCUUUGAGAACAAAAAGAAAAAAAAAAAAAAAAAGAGAAAAAAGGGGAGAAAUAUUACACGCCCUUGUAUGCAACACACACAGAACGAGAGAAUUCUGAGGAAAUACGAGAAGUUAGCACCACACCCACGGAUCCAACUCUCCCUUGUUCAAGGCGCGGGACCCAGAAAAUACAGAUACUCGAGAAUUAUACCCAUUUCGUUGUUGGGUACUGAACUUGGGUGAGAGUGGAGCUUCUGAUAUGGAUUGUCUGUCACAAUUGAGGUGCGGGUCAGGCUUAGAGGAGGAGCAAUGGCUGGGUUUUUCCCAUUAGGUGGAGGAAGAUCAGGUACUCCGAGCAGCCAGGAAGAUCAUCGUCAGCAAAGCGGCAACAACCCGCCAACGGAAAUCCCGCCGGAGAACUUGUUUUGGUACAAAAAUGAGGAAGUGGCGUACAAGCAGGGUUUCGAGCUAUGGCAACAGCAGGAACAAGUACUUCUACAACAGCAAGAACAACAGCAACGGCACCAGCAGCAACAGCUACAGCAAGAUCUCUACGCUUCAGCGGCUGGGUUAGGGGUGGGGCCCAGCAGGAGCUCAAUCAACGUCUCUGAUCAUGACUCGCCGUCGAGAUCGGCGUUCAUGAUGAUGAGGUCCGCAGGUGGAGGGAUAAGCUGCCAGGACUGCGGGAACCAAGCCAAGAAGGACUGCGUUCACAUGCGGUGCAGGACUUGUUGUAAAAGCCGAGGGUUAGAGUGUCCAACCCAUGUCAAAAGCACUUGGGUCCCAGCUUCUAAGCGCCGCGAGCGUCAACAACAACUCGCUUCUAUGCAGCAACAGCACCAUGAACUUCAGCUCCGCGGAGAGAAUCCCAAAAGACAGAGAGAGAAUCCAACCACUUCCUCUCUCGCCUGCACUCGUUUGCCCACCAGCGCGUCAGGGUUAGAAGUCGGACAUUUUCCAGCAGAACUGCGCUCUGCCACUGUUUUCCGUUGCGUACGAGUGAGCUCCAUUGACGAUGCAGACGAUCAAUAUGCGUAUCAGACGGCUGUGAACAUAGGAGGCCAUGUUUUUAAGGGUAUCCUCUAUGACCAAGGCCCCGAAACUAACUACUCGGCUGCCGGGGAGAGCUCCUCAGGCGGUGGUGGAGUUCAACCUCUUAACCUCAUUGCCAGCGCCACAACUGCCAGCGCCACCACUGCUAGUGGUGGUGGUGCAGACGUGGGUUCUUCUGCUAUGACACUCCUCGAUCCUACUUCUCUAUACCCAGCUCCGCUUAACACCUUCAUAGCUGUUUCUGUACGAGAUUAGGUGUGCAGUCCAGCGUAGUGCAGUCGUGUCUGUAUGUUGUUUCUAUUUUGUAUCUAUUUUUCUCCACUGGGUUGAAUUUUACUACAUUUUCUGGUUGGUUUUGAUAUUUGUAUCUGCUCUUUUCCUGUUUACCCGCACGCUUGCCGGUUUGAAAUUGGGACGGCUUUAAUUAGUUUUGUCUAUGGCUGGACAAACUACGACGAAAACAUCUUUUAUCCAUUUCGGUAUUGGCGGUCCAGCCAUGCAUAAGCAUUCAAGUUCAAAAGGUGAAGGAUAUUUCCCUCUCCUUCGCCCUCUCUCUAUCUCUCUCUCUCCCUCUCACACACACACACUCUAUAUGUGCAAAUUGAUCAUUGCUUGAAUAAGCAUGCACGAGAUGUGGCUUUGAGCCUCUGAUGGGAAAAUGAGUAGCGUUUCUUAACAUCUGGCUAUUGUUUAAGCACAUAUUGAAGAUGUUUAUGUAUGUUGAGAGUGUACAGUAGAUAAAUAUGAGAUACUGUUUCUUCUCCAGUGAAAACUUUCACAUGUAAACGAGAUAGAAAGAUUGGGGGUUUGGGUCACUUUCUAUCAGUUUGUAAACAUUAAUCUGACAUCUAGUAUGAUAUUUCAUU